GGAAAAAAAAAUUCAAGAUUGUAAGGAAAAAUUAAUAUUUGAAUUGAAGAUUAUGAUGAGUAGUCUUCAAAGUGUUAGUAGUGGAAGAACAUCAACAAGUGAGGAUAAUAAUAAUAUUAAUGAUAAUGAAGAUCAAGAGAUGACAAAAUUGGCAUUGGCUUCAUUUCAAGCAAGAGAAGAACAAAUUGAGAGGAAAAAAAUGGAGGUGAAAGGAAAAGUUGAGUCUCAACUUACCCGGGCUGAGGAAGAAACUAGGCGUUUGGUUCGUGUUUGGGAGGAGCUUGAAGUGUUGACAGAUCCAAUGAGAAAAGAAGUUGCAAUGGUACGCAAGAAAAUUGAUGUGAUUAAUCGUGAAAUUAAAUCACUUGGACAAUCAUGUCAAAAGAAGGAGAAAGAAUAUAGAGAAGUUUUAGAGGCUUUCAAUGAAAAGAACAAUGAGAAAACUCAGCUAACAUCCACUCUUGUCGAGUUGGUGAAGGAAAGUGAGAAACUCAGAAUGGGGAAGCUAGAGGAACUAAGCAAAGUUUUAAAUCCCAAACGCUAGUAAAUGCUAUCAACAUAUUCUCUAUGUAUUAUACCUACCAAUUUAUUUUAACUUUCACUUUAUAUCCCUUCAAAUAAUGUACCCCUAAUUCCCUCCCUUGAUUUGAUUUUUCACCAUU